ACUAGUUUCACCGGAGUCCCAUCGGUCUCAAAAUGCAUGCAAGUGCUCCGCGUGAAGUGUUCAUCCGAGCUUCCCAGUCGCCUCACGAAACUCCGGAACUCCUGCCUAACCCCGCAGCUGACCGGCUCCAUGUUAGAGCGCGCGGAUGUGGAAGCGCUCUUGUAGCCCAGCAGUUAAGUCAAGGAGGUUGUAAGUUUACUCGCUCAGCUAUCUGCUUCGUGAGCUGCAGAGCAAGAACUGUUCUUUAGGAAGCAACCCAAAUGUGUCAAACGGUUUCGUGAGGACGCCCCCCACUCUGUGCAGACGAGUGCGCGAUUCUGUUGCGAAUGACAGUUGCUCGCAGUACGCAGUGCUCUUAGCUGGUAUCCGCGCUACGUACGGCAACGGCGGCCGUAUCGGUCAUCCACCAUGAGCGUCGAGAACAGGCCUCCGAACUUGGAGAACCUCGACAACUGCGCGUCCAAGCUUCGGCGUGCCGAAGAGGCGGACGCCAACGGUGCGACGAGCGGCGAUGAGGCGCCGAGCCCGUCGGUGUCACCGUCGAUCGACGACGACACGCCCACGUCGGACGACAUGCCGGACGCGAUGACGGCCUCGUACAGCGAGAUCUACCAGGAGGGAGACGACGAGGACGACGACCUGCUGCCCGGAGAGAUUUCUGACCUGGCCGAGGUACAGGACGCCACGCAGGGCAUCAACGAGCUCGUCGACCAGAUCAACCGCGAGGAGCUCGAGGGCGGUGCUCCCUCGGCGCGUGCAAACUACAGACCUCAGAGCCUGGGCGUCAAGGCGUCCAAGCCGCACCAAAGUAGCCGUCUUGCCGCCUCUGCGAUGACGGACAGCCAAAUCACCAGCCCUGGCUCGUCCAUGAUGAGUGCCGAGGAGGUGUUUGAAGACUCGCCACUCCAGCGGCACGCUCACGGAGUUGCCGGCGGCACGAGACUGUCCGAACUUGCUGGGACGCUCACAUACGAGGGCGACAUGGUCAGCUUUGUAGCCGAAGACCUUCAGAAGAAGAUCAAGCUCAGCAGCCCCGUCAGCAAGGCAGCCGCAGAGCCGUUUCCUUCAUCAUGCUCUUCGACGUCGAGCUUGUGCCGGCAGAUGUUUGGGCCGCACAUUGCUCCCAUUGACCCGAGUGCCUUGGCCGACCUGGAAGAAGAAGCACGCACGGUGGCUGCCUCGGUCGAGACGCUGCUGGAGAGUCUCACCACCUCCAUGCAUGGGAUCUCGGCCAUGACAGUGGACUGCAUGAGACUGUACGAGAGAGGUAUCUCCAAGACCUGUGACAUGGCGGACUCCAACAUCAAGGCAAUGUACCAGCUGAUGGCCAAGUUUGAAGAGCUGAGCACCUCCAUGCGACCGCUGGAUGGCCUCGUGGCAGAAGUGUAUCCUUUGCUGUUGGGUGCCUUGUAUACUACUGUUCAUUAUGUGUGCCUGUGCUCUAGCUCGAUUUGGAUAUGUUUGUCAGCCAGUGUGGCAAACUCUACCACAAUAUAUAUGCACUGCAGGCAGCAUUCUUCAUCAUUAUAGAGUAAAUGGGCAUGUAGGAUAACUUAUAGAAUCAUAUUGUUUGUGCCCACUCUUUGUAGGUGCUUAUUUGCACCAUUAGUCAGUUUAAGGUGAUUUCAUGUGAUAAUUUCUAGACCCUGUGUUCAGUUGAUUGUGGCUGCCUUAUAAAAAAAGUCAUCACGUUACACCACUGUUCAUUCUUGUGACCUAUUCAAUAAAAAAGCAUGCUCAGUAGUCUGUGACAGCAAUUUGAAUUUUAUGGUGGGGGCGAGAACCUGUGUAGCAGAAAAUAAAACUCUGCAAAAGCAGUGCUAAAAAACUUCCAGCUACUGGUGAAGAAUAUAUUUUAAAUCGGCGCACGACUACGCGGACACAACAGAAGGUGGGACAUACCGCAAUGCUGGAGUUUGUCCCUUUUUCUCUUGUGUCCGCGUAGUCAUGCACUGAGUUAAAGUAUGUUCAAGUACUGUCACCAACUGGCCCAGCUUUUGGUCCUUCUGCUGGUAAAGAGUCUGCACUUCCUCACAAGAGCCCAAUGAUGGCUGGUAUUGUGUUUUACAAUGUGCCUUGUAAUAAAGCACUUUGCCUUUUCCGGGC